UAUUUACUUUGUUAGUUAAUAUGAAUUCUUUUGUGCAAUGCAGUGUGUAUAGGAGCACACAUUUGAUGAGCAAAUGCAGAAGUUCACUAGAGCUAUUCUUUGCAAUAUGGUUUGUGAUGGGAAAUGUUUGGUCAUUUGACUCACGUUUUGGAACAUUACAACAAGCUCCAAAACUCCAAAUCCUAUGCAUAAUCCUUCUUGUUUGGAAUGCAAUUUGUUACUCUUUCCCUUUUAUUCUCUUUUUGUUGCUUUGUUGUUGUGUUCCACUCAUUACCAUCCUCCUUGGUUAUGACAUGAACAUGGGGUCCUCUUCUAGAGGUGCUUCGGAGGAUCAAAUCUCACAACUUCCAUCUUGGAGAUUUAAAGUUGGGCAUACCAAAUUAGAUCUUGACAAUGAUUCUCAAUGCAGUGAAAGAUUGAUCCGCGAUGAGCCGGAAUGUUGCAUAUGUUUGGCCAAAUACAAAGACAAAGAAGAAGUUAGGCAACUGCCUUGUUCACAUAUAAUCCAUCUAAAAUGUGUUGAUCAAUGGCUAAGAAUUAUAUCAUGCUGCCCUCUUUGUAAACAAGAAUUACAAAGGUAGCAACAACAACACAAGUCAACACACCAACCAACAACACACUAAAU